AUGACGGUGAUGGUGAGGGUGGCAAUAACUGUGACAGUCACGGUGAUAGUGACGGUAAAGAUGAUGGUUACGAUAAUAGUCACGACCAACGUAACGAUGAUGGUAAUAGUGACGGUAAUGGUAACGGUGAUGGUAACGAUUAAGGUAACGGUCACGAUAAUGGUAACGGUAAUGGUUAAAGUAAUGGAAACGGUGAUGGUGACGGUAACUGUUAUAGUAACAAUUACGGUGAUGGUGACAUUAACGAUCAAGAUAACGGUGAAGAUAAUGGUAUCGCGAAUGGUAACGAUAACGAUCACAAUAACGGUGACGGUAUUGAUAACGUUGACACUAACGGUAAUGGUAACGAUGAUGGUAAGGGUAAUGGUGACAGUAAUGAUAACGGUGACGUUGACGGUAAUAGUGACGAUAACGUAUCAAAGACAGUACAGUAAUGGUAACGGUAAAUAUAACAAUAAGGGUGACGGUAAUGGUAACGGUGACAUUGACAGUAAUAGUGAUGGUAACAUGAUAAUAACGGUAACACUAACAGUAACGGUAAUGGGGACUAUGAUGGUGACUGUUACGAUGAUGGUAAUGGUGACGGUGAUGGUAACGGUGACGAUCACAAUGACAGUAACGGCAACGGUGACGGUAACGGUAACGGUUAUGGUAACGGUGAUAGUAACGGUAACAGGGACAGUCACGGUAAUGGUAAUGGUAAUGGUGACGAUAACGUUCACGAUUACAAUAACUAUAACGAUGACAGUAAUGGUAAUAAUGAACGUUACUGCAAUGGUAAUGGUGACGGUAAUGGUAACGGUCACGGUGAUGAUAACGGUCACGGUGACGGUAACUGCGACGGUGACGAUAACGGUGAACGUGAUAGUAAUGGCAAUUACAGUGAUGGUCUAG